AUGUACCUGGGAGCAUGGUCCAUUAAGUGGUCCAUGCGUCGGAACGGUUCCGAGACGGAACGCUCACGGAUUAAUAAAGUUGCGUCGUAUGCGAGAGUCAAGAACCUAGGAUACGAUGUAUUCGAUGUGGCCGUCGUUGUCAAGAUAGACUUCUAG